AAAUUCCAUGACUUCGUUAAAAGCAAUCUGAUAAUGUCACAAUUUAUGGAACGAUUUGACUUGAAAAUUCCUUAUUAGGCAUUAGUUGUUAUAUUGCCAAUAUCUAGCUCUCAUUUCCAUUUUUUGGAAUUUUUGUGUAGACAAUAUUUGAUGGCAGCUAACUUGGAAACCGUACAGAUCAUCGAUGGCAUUGAAGUACGCUUCCCGUACACCCCUUAUGAGAACCAAACGGUUUAUAUGGAAACUGUGAUUAAGGCGGUUAGACAUGGGAAGAAUGCAUUACUGGAGUCUCCCACAGGUACUGGGAAGACGUUAUCACUCAUUUGCUCCACGUUGGCAUGUAUUUGGCAUACUCGUUUUAAAGAUGAAACGUCGUUUAACUUGAAGCCAGUGCAAACCACUUCUGAGGAAGGGUUGAUGAAAACUAUGCAAGAUCUCAGGGACUCCAUUCAACAGAAGAAAACCAUUGUAAAAUUUAAGGGGUCUAAAAAACUUAGGAUCCUAUAUGCUUCUAGGACACACAAUCAGCUGAAGCAGGUUAUACGUGAAGCCAAGAAAACCUCAUAUGCUAAGGAAUUUGCUUCAAAAGGGCUUACUACAGUUCUGUUGGGAUCCCGUGACCAAUUAUGCAUCCACCCUGGUAAGAAAAAUGCCACAGGUGAGGCAUUAAACGCAUUUUGCAGGAAGAUGGUUAAACAUCAAGGAUGCAUGUACUACAGAGGUCUGAAGAAAAAGGAAAUUUCACGGAAGAUUCAAUUUUACGAGUUCGUGGAUAUAGAGGAUCUGAUAUCACUUGGUAAAUCCACACGAUGUUGUCCGUUUUAUGCCUGUCGUGAUGCCCAUGAGUCCGCUGAUGUAACUAUGUUACCGUAUAAUUAUUUAUUAUCCCCUAUAUCACGCGAUGCUAUGGACAUUGUGCUUGAUAAUGCAGUGCUUAUAAUUGAUGAGGCCCAUAAUAUAGAGUCCGUAGCGGAAUCAUCUGCUGGUUUUACCAUCAGGCAGGUUGACAUUGCACGAUUUUUGAUGGUCUUGCGACGUUUUUGCGAGUACCAUAUAAAGGCUAUAGAAUAUCAAGCAUCGAACAAUACACAAGAGGUUGCACCCAUUGACCUUUCUGCUUUGGCUAGACUGUCGGUGUCAUUAAAAGGUGUAGACAGGUUCCUGACGAAUGUACAAUUUGAAAAUCACGGUAAAGAUGGUGAGCAAGGUAACAACAAUGUUGCAUAUUCUUGGAGAGUGGGUGAUAUUAACCGAGCUCACGCCGUUUUCCGAGGAGUGGAUAUUUUGCAGUACUUUUUACUUACCUUGGGCUUUAAUGAAUUGAGAGCUUGCAAUAUAGAAGAUACUAUAAGGAGCUGCAUUUCUGCGAUAUCUGUGGAUAUAGAUGAUUUUUCUCUUGCCCAUCAAUCUAGCUAUGAGAGUACCAAAGUAAUACAGGAAGAUGCUCAGAUAAUGAACAUGUUACUCGAAUUUUUGCAGCACAUAUUUUCUAAGGAGUUUUUUGCUUGUCCUGAGUACUUUCACGUUUUUGUAACCCAUGACCGGAGGUUUGCUGAUAUAGAUAAUUCAAACACAGGUGGUGCUGACCGUGCUGCAUCACAGCCUUCUGGCGGUGGCUGGAAGAACAAGGCUGCUUUUAGACAAUCAUCUACGUCUUCUAAUAACAGUACUGAGACUAAUGCCCCCUUUCCUAAGGUAAUGGCGUUUGAGUGUAUGCAAUCUACACCGUCCUUCUUGGGUCUUCAGAAUGCGGGUGUACGAUCAGUCAUUUUGACUUCGGGUACACUGUCACCUUUGGCUGAUUUAGCAAACAGUAUAGGUGGUGACAAGGUGCGUUUUGAGUACCAAUUAUCCAGUAGUCACAUUGUGCCAGUUUCCAACUUAUGUCCAAGGGUUAUUACAGGAGGUGAUGUUGAUGGUAGCAUUUUAUCAUCGGACUACAACAAUCGAUCAACCCCUUCUUACAUCAAGGCUUUAGGAGAGUCUGUACUUACAUUUGUUCGAUGCGUUCCGGCUGGCGUUUUGGUAUUUUUUGUGUCCUACCCAGUUUUGGAGGACACAGUUAAUGCAUGGAAGAGCGCAGGCAUAUUCGCGGCCCUGGAAAAGGAGAAGCGCGUUUUUAUUGAGUCCAAAGGGUCUGCAAAGAGUUUUGUUGGAAACUAUUAUAAUCGAAAUACAAAUGUUGAUGAUACCCAGUCGCAACUUAAGGAGUACUUUACUUUGACUGAUAAGGGUGUGGGAUGUUUAUUUCUUGGUGUUUGUAGAGGCAAGUUAGCUGAAGGUAUUGAUUUCAGUGACGACUCAUGCCGCGGUGUUUUCCUUUGCGGUGUGCCAUAUCCAAAUCCAUAUGAAGAGACCAUUGCUUUAAAGAUGGAUUACUUGCGUAAGUUAUAUGGGAAAAAUAACGAAAAUGUAACCCAUUGGUUUACUUCCCAGGCGAUCCGCGCUGUUAACCAAGCUAUUGGCAGGGUGAUAAGGCAUAUUAAUGACUAUGGAGCUAUAGUUUUGGCCGAUCGCAGGUUUAGCGCCGAACACAUAUUGAAGAGUGUCAGCAGCUGGGUGACACGUAACAUUAUGAUUAGCGACAACAUGAAUGCAUCAAAAAUCGACAUUCUAGACUUUUUCGAGAAAAUGUCGACCCCUGCUAUCUCCGGUAAACGUGUUAAAACACGUGCUGGCUACAGCACUUCACAUCCAUCAUUUGGAUACAACAAUCGAACUAUGGCACUGCCCCUUACACCACCAAGGGAUGUAUCAGGUACACCCUUGGUAUUCAAAAGCCGUAAGAUAUCUACAACGUCAACCAAUUUGCGGUCAACUAUGAUGGUUGAUUCCAAUUCCACCGGCGUUACACGAAGCAAUAACACACCUGACGACUCUGCAACUGAAUCACAGCAGCGCACCGCUCCAUCGCCAGUUGGCUGGGACGUAAUGGACAGCUGGCAUACUACUGACACAAUAUCACUAUCUACUAUUAAAAAGAGUAAAAAAGGUUAAAACUACAUUAUUUUUGUGACAUUUAUCGUAGUAGGGCGACAUUUUCGUCG